AUGCAGCGGCUAGCAACCAACUCUCCAAGCUUUCUUAUGGACCGCAAUGUCAACGUCACGACCGCAAUCUUGCAGCUGCUGUGGUCGAUUCAAAUGCACUGUAGCAUUGCGAAUAUUCGAUUAAGUAGAAGUUUGCGUGAUUUUUUUCAAGAAGGGCUACGAAGCGAAUACGGGGAGCCGCUUCGAAAGGCAUUUUUGAACGAAUGCAUUGAUGGAAUCAAGAAAUCGUGCUUGUUGUCAAACGUGACACCAGAUUCUGCAGUAUUGUUGCCCUCUGCAGCUCUUGGCAACAGCAACUCAGUUAUGUCUUCUUCGUCUGUGACAUCGGUGGAGGUAACAAACAAGGAUGCCACAGCGUCCAAGUCAUUGGAGCUUCUUAAAUUUCUUAUUGACUCUUACCGAAUGGACCAGGCUCUUGUGGUGGAAUCACUCAAUUUGGAGCAUGGUUUGGUAAGUUUAUUGUUUGACGAGCUUGCGACGUUUGUGGCUCGACGAACCGAUAAGCAGUCACCCAGUUAUCGCACCGCUAUUGGGCAUCGCUUAGAAUUGAUACACUAUGUUCACGUAAAGUCACCGAAGCUGGAGCUAUCGAUCCCACAGAUUGAACGUUUGUGGAAGGUACUCUCGUCAUCACCUGCUGAACGUGAAUUUUGUUUGAUAUUUUUUAAUCAAACGAGCAUACGCUGCGGUCACCAACAAGGUGGAACAGCACCUGUUGCAAACAUGGUUGGUGGAUCGAUUAGCUCAGCCUUCAACUUGGACGUAUGCUUCUACGUUUUCAAUGAGCUGUUGUGCAAACAAACUGACUUCCGAACACUAGGAUCUAUGGGCUACAAGUGUUUUAAUACUUACUUUGUGGGAUUAAACGCGCAACAGAAGCUGAUGCAGCGCGCCAAUGCGCCUUCAGACAACACGCUGAAUCUUCUCGGAAUGGAUGCUCUAUGGCGUAUCGCAUUUGAGGCUCCUCUUGAAGUCGCCGAAAUGGCUACACGUGAGUUGCUUCGUGUUUAUGAGCGAUCGUCUGCUGAGCUGAGCCACGAGGGUGAAGGCGAAUCCGAUGAAGGUGUAAAAGAUUUUUUGUCUCGUGUGUUUAAGCAGCUAUCUACGGUGAAGGACAGCUCACCAGACUCACUGAAGUUGGUGCAGCAAUGUUCAAAUCUUCUGACAGGACUGGUGUCUAGUGCUCGGAACAAGCAUACGUUUGUUCCACACGGUCUAAGCGGUCGCGGCGCAUACUUCACAGUCAAGAUAAUAGCCCAACGAAUUCCUUCAUCGAACGUGAGCGGGGUGGGAGCUUCUGCGACAGCAGCUUCGGGUCACGACAAUGUGGUUCGAACAAUGCAAGCAUCCGCGUACUCGAAUCAGACAUUGUGGUUAUUUCGCAAACAGAUCGAGAAGUUAGUAAACCAUCCCAUGCAGCAGUCAAAAAUCCUUUCGUCUGGGUCGGCGAUCAUAGGAGAUCAAAAAACUCUCGCAGACUUGCAGAUCACGGAGUCCAGUGAAGUGCGUGUACUGAUGUUCAACUCCAUCGUGCAACGUUCUAGUCCCAAUAUGAUGGACCAAGACUUAAUGAUUUCAAUGGGCAAGGGGUCGCCUUCUUCUUUGUCCGCUGCGCCCAAGUCUCACCCUGGUCUAGUGAUUGCUCGUAAUGCUUCUUAUUUUGAGGUGCUUUUCCGUGUGCUCGACAUUGUGGAGGGACAUUCUGCCCACGAGUUGCUUUGGGCCAUUUUAAAGCAAAUACCUACUAGUGAAGAGCUGUUGAACCGUGUUUCUAACAUUGGCACAGCUUCGAUGAGCGAUGGCGAUGUGAGUAUGAGUAUUUCCUCGGUUCAACCCGCUAAAGAAGAAAACAAGCCCGAUUGGUCAUCUUUGGUGAAAGGAAUAUCAUCUCACCAGGCAAUUUACACUCUCCAAAUAAUGGAUGCGUUGUUACUUCCUUCGGAGGUUGCUAAGAUCCCGUUUGCUCAGACUUAUCUCCAGCGCUUUAUUUCUGGAGGCGGAUUUCACGAAGUGCUUUCGUAUUUUAUAAGCGCAAAUUUCCACAAGAGCUCCUUUAAUGAAGGUGCUGCAGUGGCUCUUCGUAUUCUAAAGUUUUGUUUGUUCGAUUCGGGCCAUGAUAAUGGGCUGUAUUUAGCGACUGCAAACGGAGAGACCCCGGAUGAUGUGUUUCGUGGUAUGGGCUCGGUGACUACCGACCUUGAUAAGGGCGUCGAUGUGGAAACACAUAGGACCAAAAUUAUCGUGGAGCAGAGUCGGUACGAUCAGUUGGUGCUGAAGAUUGCAGAGCUUGUGGGAUCUGAGUACGCGCGAGUCGAGGAAACAACUUCUGCCGACAAGACUGCAUAUCGAAUUUUUGUUGAUGCCGUAAAGACCGUGGAGUCAAUAGUGUCGAUUGCGCAUGAUGCAGCAGCAAAGUACAUCAAAGCGCUAGAGCCACGGGCAAUUAUUACCAUUAUUUUCACGAAGGUUGAAUCAGAGCAUGUCCGGGACCAGUGGCUUUCGUCACUGGAAUCCGUAUGUAAGGCGUCCGAUGCAGCAGCUGAAGUGGUAUUUGAAGAGUGCAUACAAUCUAUCGAUCGUAUUGAGAGCGUGACUGCGCCGUGCGAUCAGUAUAAACGCAUACUUUGCUCUUUGGCACGUCUUGAGGGCGGCAAUGCAUCCUCGAAUUGCCAAAAGCUUGCCCAGGCUGUGGUGGCAAAAUUACGUCAUGGCUUUUCGAGGAAAUUUUUAGCCUGUAACGAGCGCUCUGGUGAAGUCUUGAUCGGGUUCUUGGAGUUUUUGCGUGAAGUGCUUGUGGUGCACGCCGAUGUGCGAGCCGAAAUUGCCCGCGAGAUUGUAGACGUCGUCUAUGAAGAGUGUUUGUUCACUUUGCCUUCUGAAAAUCGACGUCGCUGUCCGCUGUGCCUGUCGCUGGAGACAAGACGUCCUGCAUUCAGGCUGCUAGCGAGCGCAAUUUCUUCGGACGCCAGUAUCUUGCAUAACUUGCGUGACCGUCUUAUCCGGCUGUUUACGCGAAGUGAUGCUUUGCGAUUCAAGUGGGGUCAAGAGAACAACAUUGAAACACGUGGCAACGGUGAGCACGUUGGACUCAAAAAUCAAGGCUGUUCGUGCUACAUGAAUUCGUUCUUGCAGCAGUUGUUCAUGCAUCCCACUCUACGCCAAGGACUACUGGGUGCCAAGGUGGCACUCCGCCCCACUCCACAAGAACCUACGAAAUCAGAGGCAGAAAGUUUUCCAGAACGCUUGCACAUGAUGCGAUACGAGAAUGGAAGCGAGGCAAGUUUUGUGCUGGCAGAGGGGCGACCAGGAAAUGAAAAUGGGCGUUAUGUUAUUUUGCAACCGGAGUUGACGGGCACUGACGCGACGUUGGAAGUUCUUCGUCAACUUCAGCGCACGUUUUGCUACUUGCGUGACAGUGAAAUGCGUUAUUUCAACCCGAAGGCAUUUGUCGACUCAUGCACGUGUCUAAACUUGGAGUUCUCGGUCUAUCAGCAGAAUGACGCGACCGAAUUUUGUGAUAAACUAUUAGAUCGUUUAGAGACGGGCCUUAAGACGACACCUCAGGGUACGAGAUGUUUGCAGGACGUACUUGGCGGCAAGCUCAUAUCUCAAAAGCUUCCGAAGGAUUGCGGACACCGCUACGAACGUGAAGAGCCAUUUAUCCGCUUAGAGUUACAGAUCCGUGGAAAGGAAAGCAUUGAGGAGUCGCUCUUAGCUUUUGUCGAAGGGGAACUCAUGGACGGUGACAACAAGGUGGAAUGUGAGCUUUGUGCGACAAAAAAGGCUGCGGUGCGCCGCACCUGCUUUGGAUCGCUACCAAAUCUGUUGAUUCUUCAUUUAAAGCGUUUUGAUCUGGAUUACACAACGUUUGAGACAGUCAAGUUGAACAAUCGGUGUUCGUUUCCCAUGCGUCUGAGUAUGAAACCAUACACUAAGGCAGGCAUUGAAGAGCAGGAAGCGCGCUCUAACUUGCAGCAAGAUCGCGAAGAAACGUCGACUGAUGAAGACAUGGCCUCUGACGAUUCGAGCGACUCGGAUGAAUUCAUCACCGACGUCAACGGCGAGGCACCAGCGGUUCCAGCUUCAGCGUCACCUAUGUCAGAUAUUAAACUUGCUGCUUCACCACAAAGUGCGACUGGCGGAAGCAGCGUUGAAGGCGAUGAAAGAAGCAGCGUCAAGUCGGAUCCUAACUACGAAUACCGCCUGAAGGGCAUUUUGGUGCACUCUGGUGUAGCACAAGGCGGCCACUAUUAUUCGUUUAUUUACGACCAUAUGUCUGAAAAGUGGUUUAAAUAUGACGACGAAGACGUGACGCCGUUUGACCCUAGCAAUAUCGAGGCUGAGUGCUUUGGUGGAGUUCAGCGACGCUCAUGGCACGGAUCAAACAACUCUAUGGAGAUGGAAGUCUUUAGCAAUGCACUCAUGCUGUAUUACGAGAAAGUUGUCCCCGUUGAACCUGCAUCUGUACUCGUUGCUAAGGCCGUGACUGACUCGGAGACUUCUACUGACGUUGUUGUUGCUGCUCCUGAUGAAGAACAUUGUGAGUACGAAGCUGAAGUUUGGAAGUCUAACGAGAUAUUCCUGCAAAACUCGUACCUGUUUGAUGUCGAAUUUCACGAGUUCUUGCGCGAGAUGGUGCAGUCCCAGUACAUCAAAGCAACGCAAGUCCCAGCCACGGAAGAGGAUCUAAUGGCUUUACCACCUUCGCCGCAGCUAAACAAAGCUGUGGCUUUGCCGGCUGCACCGGUAGUAUCAGCAGUCUCGUCAGCUCGAGCUGACGACGAAAUUCAAAUGGCACUAAUGGAAAUUGGAGUUGAGUUUGUUUUGAGCGUGCUAUUACAUUCGCGUGAAAAACAAGGAAUUGCACGAUGGAUUACUGUGAUUGCAUCCAAGUUCGCGCGUUCCAAAGCUAUAUGUGUACGCUUUUUCUCGGCUCUAUCGACGUCAAAGCGAGUUGUGUGGUUGCGUGGAUUGCUGUUCGAGUGCCCGGACUCGAUUGCGCGCCAGUCAUUUGUACACCUAGUAUCUCGAGCACUUACGGCGUACGAGGCUCAUACGAAGGAAGAGCAAACUGCAUCGAAUGAAGCGAGCGCUGAAGUAGCGGUUGCUGCUGAUGCAGCAAUCAUUCGUGCGUUUGUGGAGGCUAUCGCUUCUUUCUUGGAUCAGACAUCGAUAACACAGCAGUCCCAUUUGGAGGAGUGUUUUCUGCUCAUACGCAACUGCGCUGAAAUCAGUGUCACGGCGCGUACUCAGUUGCAACAGGUUGAGAUGAUUGCGCGCUUAAUCAACUUCUUCCUUUAUGAACGGGGCCCAAGUGUGUUGAAAGAUGCAUUUCCAUCCUCGACGUUGCAACCGACAGCUUCACGGUAUGCGUCGCCGGACUACCAGUAUCUGCUCGAGGCUGUUAUCGCAGUGCUAGGACUGCCUAGGCGUACGACGGAACCUUUGCUCAUGGAGAGUAGCACGCAGUACCCGCACCGCACCAUUUUGUCGGAGAAAGCCGAGCGCGCGCUGACAGAAAUAUUUGAAGACUACCAGAAACUAGGAGGCGCGGAUGGCAACCCAGGUUUGGGCCUCGAAGAGCUUAAAAAGUACUUUUCCGUGUCACUCAGCAGUGCUGUAAACAGUCCAGUAGUUGAACAGCAGGCUCGGAGUAUGCUAGCUAAAUACGGCACUCCACCAGAUGACGCAGCAAAGGACGAAUUUGGAACAAGUGCUUCACGCAUUGAGCUUGAUGGUUUUAUGCUGUUCUAUACGGACAUGGCAGGAUCAUCGACUAAGUCAGUGCUGCAGCAUCUCCGUGCUUUUGGCUUCAGUGAGGAUCUCCGGCGUCACUUAUCAAGUGGAGACUUGCCAACCGGGAGUCAAGUUCUUGAGGGAUUGAGUGCUCUAAGUUGCGAAGCGUUGCUUAACGAUGUGUUCUUUGACUCCGCCCUUGAGGAAGAGGCAGAAACGACGUCGGAGUUGCUGUUACGGUUGAGUUUGGGAGAUCAGGAGACAUCUCGGCGUCUAUUGCGUGCUCUUUUGCACUGCCUCCAGAGCACUGAGCCGGGAUGGAAAGGGCAACCCGUCGUCGACGCAUGCGCUCUAGCGGUACAGCGUGUGCUAGGCUAUGAAUGUGCAUAUCAGAAAGAGCUUGUGGAUCUGGCGCUGGCUCACAACGACUACGGCUUGCUUAGUUCAGCGCGAAGCCGAGAGAAUUUGCGCCCACAAUAUGCGAGUGCCACGCACGCUCCGCUUUUCGUGUACCGGCAACUGGUUUUAGUGCUGGAGCUGCGUGCACGUGUGCCUGCCGUCAGUGCGUGGUUAGAUGAGCAUCGAAGCGAAUGGGAAUGGUUAUAUGAGUGGCUGCGUCUAGAGUCUCUUCAACCUAGCCUGGGUGGACGUUUGUCUUUACUGAGACGCGAGCCAGCGAAACAGGAGAUGCUGUGGCGGUUGAGUGAAGCGUUGGGUAUCCCAUACCAGGAGGAACAACGGCGAUACGUGGUAGAAGGUGCGGGAUAUGCCCCCGUCAAUGGUGUGUACGUUAGUACAUCUCACAUUCACGACAACUGCUUGACGUACGCUUGCGUGAAGAGCGACAUUGAGUACACGCUUUUCCGAUGCUGCAUGCCUAGCAAGGCCCGACGUUGGUAUAUUUCCUACUCUCCGAACAAGAACCUGCUCGGAACGAUGUCGGACGAAGAUUUUUACUUUGUACAGUCGCACAUUGAUGACGAGUCUCCGCCAGUUGAUGGGUGGAAGGUGUGGAUCAAGAACGAGAAGGCCAAGCCUCCCGUGCCAACGGUUCGUCUCUAUAGCUCUACAGUUGCCGCACUACAUGGUAAAGGUGACGCCGUAGAUGCAUCUGAUUUAGUUGAUGGUUACAUGGCCGGAGGUGGGUUUUCCGAGCGCGAAGAGGGACUGAGUGCUCCAAUCGUGCCGUCAUCUGACAUGGUCGUAGAGACUGUGGAUGUCGACGCGGACGCAGAGACAGUGGAGUAUGAUGACAGUGAGGACGAGAUCCGCGAUAGCAACGAGCGCUUUCAAGCGGUGCAUUUGGAUACACAGGAAGACGGCAGCGGAACGGACGAUUUCAUGUAA